UUUUGUUUGUUUUUUUACCGGCGGAAAUAACGUCUUAUUUUGAAAAGUAAAAACAGGAAGUCGUCGUUGCUGCUUUCCGGUUUACGGAACAAACAUGGCGAUGCCCAUGAGGAGGACGCUGGUGGUCCUUCACCGAGCAACAUGUCGCAGAUUGACGAAUGCAGAGGCGUCUCUGGAUGUGCGGCAGCCGGUCCCACUCUUUGUGCCGGUCCGGACCAAGAAGCGGUACUUCAUCCCUCCGGCCGUGAGGGCCAGGGCGAAGCCGGAGGGGAACAUGGAAGCCAAGGCCCGGGCGGCGGGUAUCGUCAACAGACAGGAGAACUACGAGAGGCCCAUCAACAUCUCCUGCACCGCGGGAAUCUUCGACCCCUACAUCCCCCCGGAGGGCGACGCUCGUCUGUCCACGCUCUCCAAAGAAGGCCUGAAGCAACGCGGUGAACAGAUAAAGCAGAGCGCCUCCUCGCAGUUGGCGAUUCGUAAAAUCAAAGAGCACGACUCUCUGUUCACCACGAAGACUUUUGCGGAGCGGGCUCAGGAAAUCUUUGUCGAGGCUCACAAUGCUCUGACUCAGUUUAACAAGCAGAAGAUUCACUCCUUGGUAACGGAGCGGUGUUACCCGGAGAUGACGAGGGGGAACCGCUUCAAGACGAUCCACUGGAGCUUCGUCGAGUCCCUGGAGCCGCCCCGGGUGGUCCACGCCCGCUGCCCCGACAUGGUCAGCAAGGGCAACCUGUACGCCCAGGUGACGGUACGCAUGCACUCCAAACAGACUCUGGCCGUCUACGACCGCUUCGGGAGGCUGAUGCUGGGCAGCGAGGAGCAGCCGAAGGACGUCCUGGAGUACCUGGUGAUCGAACGCCACCUCGUCAACCCCUACGGCCAGUGGAGGCUGCACGGGAAAAUAGUGCCGUCCUGGGCUCCGGCCAAAGAUCCAAUCAUUAAGACCGUCAUGAUUCCUGGUCCGAAGCUGAGCGCGGUACAGGAGCUCGACGCCGUCAACUUUGAGGUUCCCAAACCAGAAGCAGUGCAGUGGUACAAGUAGACCACCAGAUGGCGCUGCUGUAUCCUCCAAAAACCACAGUAGGGACAUUAUCACACCAGAGUCACAAGCCAAACGCCGUUUUCAAGACUUGGCUGUGGUUUUGGUUAAUUUGACGCUUCCUCACGAGGCUUGUUCUGUUUGGAACUUGGGACGCAGCAGGUGAGUCGCAGUAAUGAACAUCCUCGGCGUCCUGAAGCCAAUAAAAGCUGCUGCUGCUUUCUCUACACAAGAUCCUCACACAACAGUCUGGAAACUUAAUAACGACUCCUUUCAUGACUUCAACUCAGUUUGGUUUCCCACAGCUAAAAACAAAUGUUUUCUUUAUGAGACUUAUUUAAUGUGCACAUGUAAAAUAAAUAAAAUGAACAGAUCUCCAGAAAUCCUAUGGUUUAUUUGUAUGAUGAGUAGUCGACUGCAUGUCGACCUCAGGAAAUACAAAAAUAAAGUGUCCCAUCUGCUUCUCUUCA